AUUGGCCAACUUUCAAAACACCAUUUAUAUUGAAACACUAUUAGAAUAUUGACUGACUAAACAUUUAAACUGUUUGUGCUAUACUGAAAUGGGAAUCAAUUUUGAAAUGGGAAUCAGUUUUGAAAGGGAACAUGUUGCAUUUGACAGGGCCUGUCAUUGGUAAUUUUGUCUUCAGAAUUAAUGAUGGAUAUUACACCGCGCUCAAAAGUAGAUUUCUCGAUAUCAACGACAGCAGAAGACAGCUCUGACAACACAUACCCUAUUGUGUCAACAGCAAGGUCUCCAUGGAGUUUUGUAAAUCUCCCAGAUACAGUGCAAUCGCAGAUAGACGUAGUUCGAAGAUCACAGCGUAAAUCAAGAGGUCGGAAUCGCCAAACACCACACUCGCCAAGAUCCAAGACGAGAUCGCCUCGCGGACGCAAGCGUACAAAGAAACAAUUGCUAGAUGCCAGAGUCAAAAAUGAACUAAGUCGUGCGAAGUCUGCUUCACCAAUUCGUUCCUUGACGCCAGGAUUUGAUCCUAUUGCAAACAGACAUUUGUGGACUAUGUGGCGAAUAGCAAUUACUACACAAAUUGUCUCGGAGAUGAUGGAGCGGAGGAAAAGGGGUGACGUCACGGAACAGUUUGUACGAACACUAAUUCGGCCACCUUCUGGUCUUGCUGAAAGUAUUUAUGUAACGAACAAAACUCGACAGGCAGCUUGUCGCCUUAUGAAUAAUGGUAGCUGCCCAGAUAACGCAAUGUUAACAAAAGAUUUUAUUUUCUUCGGUAUUCCCCGAGUUGUGUUGAAAAGAGAACAUAAGAUGUCUUGAUUUUUUAAUGGAACCAUUUGUAAGGGGUAUUUCAUACUUUUUUUAAAACUUAGUCAAGUAAGAUCAGCAAUUUAUUUGAACGUUUAAGACUUCAAAAUUUUCAGUUUUCUUGUUAAAUGAUUGUAAGAAAAACAAUUACAUAGAAUCAUUUAUAUUAAAAUGUUAAACCAUUAUUUCUGUUUCACUUAAUCGCGGCGGUUGAUAAAAGAUUGAUUGAUUGUAUGCUGUGUAACGUCCCUCUCGAGAAUUUUUCACUCAGAUGGAGACGCCAAGGUUGAUAAAAGAAAGAGAGAAACUACAUCAACAAUAUGUAAUGAUUCCAGCAAGCAAUGUCUAUAACAAUAUCGUCUUUGUUCAUAAGGCUCAUUGUACUAUAACAUUAUUUUGG